AAACGUGCAUUUGGAUUUUCCGCCUCCUACCUUGGGUGCUUUGAAACCCUUUCUCUACUCUCCCCUUUUACUCUCUUAAGUUGACGAAGUAGACUUUUGCUGCUCGUUUUUCUCCCCCUUCCUUCGAUUUCACGGAAAAUGUUGAACAAUUAGAGCACUUUAAGCUCCAUUUAAACCCUAUUUUUUCUCUAAUUCGGCGUUUACCCUGAAAGUAGUAGAAGAAGAAACUAAACUGAGAAGGAAAACUGAAUUAUUCAGGUUCUAACGAUCGAAAAUUUUCUCUGGUUUUCUCAUAGAUUUGAGAUGUCCAGUUGUUGAAAUUGGGGAUUUUGUGCUCAGAGAACAUGCCUUUUUGCAAGGUUUCUCCAACAUUCUCUACAUCAUGUGCUCUAUCACGCUUUCGCAGAAGUAGCUUUGUUUCUGACUUAUCAUCUUCACAGCUAUUUGGGGCUUUAUACUCGAUUGCAAAUUAUAGGUCCUGUCUUAAAUUUUCAGUUAUGGCUGGUGAGACCAUCAUGAACGUUCCAAAUGGAAAUGCAAGUAUACAGCCUGAUCCCAAGAGAACUUUCCAAGUUGUUGUGGCUGCAACUAAAAGUAUGGGCAUUGGAAAGGAUGGGAAACUGCCCUGGAGAUUGCCUUCUGACCUUAAAUUUUUCAGGGAGGUCACAAUGGGUACAUCAGAUCCUGCGAAAAAGAAUGCAGUGAUAAUGGGUAGGAAAACAUGGGAAGGUAUUCCUCCUGAGCAUCGACCUUUACCUGGUCGCCUUAAUGUUGUACUGACUCGGUCUGGAAGCUUUGAUAUUGCAACUGCUGAGAAUGUUGUAAUAUGUGGAAGCAUGUCUUCGGCUUUGGAAUUGUUAGCAUCUUCUCCUUAUUGUCUAUCGAUAGAGAAAGUGUUUGUUAUAGGUGGUGGCCAGAUACUAAGGGAAUCUCUUAAUGCACCUGAAUGUGAUGCCAUCCACAUCACAGAAAUUGAGACAAGCUUCGAAUGUGACACAUUCAUCCCUCCUAUUGAGUUAUCAGUGUUUCAGCCAUGGUACUCAUCCUUCCCAUUGAUAGAAAACAACAUUCGAUGUUCUUUUGUUACUUAUGUUCGUGUGAGGAGAUCUGCAGCAGAAUAUCUUUAUCAAGACAAUGGGGGGAUGUUUGAUGGUAAUUCAAACAAUACUAAAUUUGAGAUAGAGAAAUUCUCCUUUCUGCCAAAGAUGAUUUUUGAGAGACAUGAAGAGUAUAUGUAUCUGAGACUGGUUGAAGAUAUCAUCUCAAAUGGCAACCAAAAGGAUGACAGAACCGGGACUGGUACCCUUUCAAAAUUUGGCUGCCAGAUGCAUUUUAAUUUGCGCAAAUCUUUUCCGCUUCUUACUACUAAGAAAGUGUUCUGGCGUGGUGUUGUUGAAGAACUUUUGUGGUUCAUCAGUGGUUCAACAAAUGCAAAGGUUUUACAGGAAAAAGGCAUUCACAUUUGGGAUGGCAAUGCGUCCAGAGACUACCUUGACAGCAUUGGUUUGACAGAUAGGGAAGAGGGUGACUUGGGGCCUAUAUAUGGCUUUCAGUGGAGACACCAUGGUGCCAGGUAUACCAACAUGCAUGCUGACUACAGUGGUCAAGGAUUUGAUCAGUUGUUGGAUGUUAUCGACAAAAUCAAGAAUAAGCCAGAUGACCGGCGAAUUAUUCUCUCAGCUUGGAAUCCUUCUGAUCUUAAAUUGAUGGCACUUCCACCUUGCCACAUGUUUGCACAGUUUUAUGUGGUCAAUGGGGAGUUAUCUUGUCAAAUGUAUCAGCGCUCUGCUGACAUGGGUCUUGGUGUGCCAUUUAACAUUGCAUCUUAUGCUCUCCUAACAUGCAUGAUUGCUCAUGUUUGUGAUCUUAUUCCUGGUGAUUUCAUCCAUGUUAUUGGGGAUGCUCAUGUUUAUAGAACUCAUGUUAGACCUUUGCAGGAACAGCUUCAAAAACUUCCUAAACCUUUCCCAAUUCUGAAGAUCAAUCCUCACAAGAAAGACAUAGAUAGUUUUGUGGCUACUGAUUUCAAACUUGUAGGUUAUGAUCCUCACCAGAAAAUAGAAAUGAAAAUGGCUGUAUAGAGAUCCUACCUUGAGGGUCCACCUAAACAGAUUUUAGAGGUUAUUCACCCCCUUCAUCAAGAUUGUUGUUAGUAUUUUAGGCACAAGUAGAGGAGGUUUGGUCAAUGUAGAGUUCUGUUGAAGGAAUGGCUGGUUGUUUUUACCUCAACCUUAUUCCAAUUCGUGGGAUCCUUUUACUUCCCACCUAAAACUAUGGCUUGAAGAUGAUUUAGGAUUUUUCCUUGUUGUAUGUUUAAUACUCUUAACAUGAAGCAGUUGCUUCUGGUCUUUUCUAGUCUUUUCCCCUAAAUAUGUAGCCCAGUGCCCAGACUUGGUUACAUGCCGUAAUUCUGCAUGUAUGGAUGUUUUUAGGUCAUCUAGAUUUCGUUUUCAUUUCACUCUUUUUCUGGUCUUAUGUAACUAAUAACUGAUACAAGCUUGAAACUAAUAGAGAAAGAACUUGGGUGUACAGCAUA